GGAACAAGUUCUGUACCGUCUGCUGCUGUGCACGGUGGCCAUUUAUGAGGUACUUGGACGUGCCGCCCAGGACGAUUUGGCGUGUGACGCUAAUGGUGGCAUACUCUUCGAACCCGAUCGGCGACGUCUUAGUAUCCCGGUUGUCGAACACGAUGGUAACGCUGGCUUUUGUGACGCCAGCCUGUCCGCGCUUAUAAAUGAGGUCCUACACACGUUAGAUCCCACCUGCAGCAAGCUGCGCCGGCUCAUCCCUUACCUGUAGGUUCUGCGCUCGAACCGUGGACAUGUUGGUGAUGCCCAGGACGAAGCAUAUUGAGUCGAGAAUGUUGGAUUUGCCACUGCCGUUGUGGCCGGUGAUGGAGUUGAAGCUCUCGUCCCUAAAGGGGUUGUCAGUCUGGAUGCGGCGCCGGAUGCCACUCCCGAGCACGGCUGAGACCCCUCACCAUCCUGAGAUGACCGUUCGUACGGCGUACGACUUGAAGCCCUGUGCUAACCGUCAGCGACGCACAAGUUGAGUUUCAUGGGCCCCGGUAGGACGCACGUCGAUAAUCACUUCGAUCACCCUCAUUAUGGGCGCCGGUCGCUGCGUUGGCGGGUUGCAACUUGCGGGCAGAGACUGUAAGGGCCGCGAUGCGAGGGUCUGUUGCCCGCUCAUCUGGCGACGCGCGACGCCCAAAGUAAACAAGGCGUGUUUGGUUACUGAUAAGGGGCCAUAUCAUCACGUGUGCGCGUCCCUUUUCCCCUUACAUAAGUUGAAACUGCAUAGUCACGUGAGCGACCUGGAAAACGCGACUCUGGCAAGGGCGAGCGAUGCCAGUCUGGCUGCCGACGCUAGCCCGAUUCGGGCUCAAUCAAAACAAGACGUCGUGGAAUGAGUGACUGGCUGCGCCAACGUUUGAAGCUCUCCACUGUCCAUCAACAACGCUCCUUGCCUGCGCAGAGGCACAUAAAUGAACGCGGAGCAUACAAGACCCCCAACAAUCCUCACAUACAGCCCGGCAGACGCCCGUAUGAUAUCCUCGAGUUGACCGACAUCGUCUUUGUGGUUCGCGACACUUCAGCUGCGGGGUCCUUGACCGGUUAUUUCCUGCGACCAUGGCCGCCAUGAGAGGACCGCGACUGCAGGUCGGCUCCUCGGCCUGGAUCGCUGAGGAGCGAUCUUCCGCUCUUAAGAUCACGCAAGCUGAGGUGGAAGAGUUCUCAUUCUCGGUACGGAACGAGCUUGACUGGCUCAACGAGCACAUGGCUGGCAUCUUCAACGAAAACGAAACAAACCUUGCGGAAACAUUCAAAACGCCUGGAAAGCUGCGCGGGAAGACACCACGAACGGCCCGCAAGAAUCCGGCCGAAUCGCGUGUGCCUCUGUCCGACGUAUUCGCGCCGACCCCAAAUAUCCCUCUCAAAGUCGCCUCUCAAGCCGACCUCAACCAGUCGCCACAAGCUCAUGCUCAAGGCGCUCGAUCUUCGCACAGUCCCGUCAAGCAGGCUUCUGCCCGGAAACCCGUCUUCUCGCCCAAACCAACGGCAACUCAAGACUCUGGAUACUUUGGCAGCCAGGACGUUGGCGCUGUCAACAUUCACUUGGAUUCAGAGCCUGGUGAUACCCAGGACGCUUAUAAUAUUGGCGAGUGGCACACAACGACAACUGUGCCAGUCAGGCGCGAGAGCUCAACGCGGCAGAUCGCUCUCGAGUCGCCAGAAAAGACCUUUCAGACUGCUCGGGAGGAGCAGACGACUCGUGUGCUCAGCGAUGCGACGGCAAAGAUCGCCACGCCUCGUGUGGAUUUCAUGACGGACCAGCUUGCCGAGGACGAGGAGAUGGACGUGGUGUCGAGUUCCAACCCUGCUCCUACACAUCCCACUGCGAAUGCGCGCCAAAAUCAGUCUGCCGACGCCGACCCACAGUCAGACGAUGCUCGGUCACCGUCGGACGGAUCGAGUCCGGUACGGCCCGUGGUCCGGAAGAGCAGCUUAAAUUUUGCGUCCCUGCCCGCAAGAGAGCCGCUCACAGCGGGAAAGAGCAUCGGCGGCCGUGUUUCCAGGACAAGCCAUUUGGACCAUAUUCGAACAAGCUACUAUAACAGGCCAACCGGCGGGAAGAGUCUCGGGAACCUCGCAAGACUUGACCAUGAUGAUGAUGAGCACCACGACCAGAUGGAUGUCGACGAGGACGUCACAGCCCGCGGCAUGAACGAGCAAAGCAACGUCGCCGCAAGCCAUACGAUGACAUACACGCAACGACUGCAAGACCAAAUAAACCGACUGGGCAAGUCGCAAUCCGGCGGCGGCGCGCCACCAAAACAACUUGCAACGGUGCCAGCGACGCAGCCUCAGAAACCUGCUGCAGUUAGAUCUCCAUCCCCUGUUCGGAAGACGCCAGUCCAGACGACGCCUGGGGCAUUCCCAGUAGAUGAGGACGAAGACGACGACGAUUGGAUCGAGCCACCCGCAACAACCACCCAAACCACCGACCUAAGGCCAGCACUGCCAAAGAGCCAUUCGGCGGAUGUAAUGGAAGAUAUUCAGGGCAAAGAGACAAUCGGCCAGCCCGACUUUCGCGCCCGGACCGGAUAUCCCGGAGCCCAUGGGCACGGCAAGUCAGCAUCUGUAUCUACCGUCCCGAUUAUGCACUCGGCUUCGGACCCAGAUCUACUGGCUCUCAAGAAGACUGUCUCGGUCUCGAACCCCACGUUGAUGAGCGCGGUCGAGGCCACAAAGGCGGAUACACCCUCCAAGUCUCCUUCCCGAACAAUGCGAGAGAGCCCUCUGAAGCAAGUCAAGAACAAGCUCUCCUCGAUAUUGAAGAGCUCCAGGGGUCUGUUGGCAAGCAGUGCUGCAGUCAGCGCCGAGGGGAAGUCAUUGAUGUCCCCCUCCACAGCGCGGCUUGGACUGCAUCCUACAAUGUCGUCCGAAUCUGUCGCCUCCAAGCAAAAGGCGGAUCCCCUGAGUCGCCAGCAGCCAGACGCAAGUCCCACGAAGCCUAUCGCCCGGCGUACCAGAGCGUCUACUGAACGGGAGAAGGAGCAGAAGCGUCGGGAAAAAGACGCGAAACGAGCCGUGGAGCAGAGCGACAAACUUGAGAAGGCGCGCGAAAAGGAGAGGGAAAAGGCAUACAUCUUCAGCAAGGAACAAGAAAAGCUUGCAGCCAUGGAGAAACAGAUCGCCCUGAAGAAACAAGAGGAGAGAACCCUGCCGAAGAGCACCCCGAAAGCCACGAGAACCAGUCCUAGACGGGCGCCUGCAGUCGAGGAACAGGAGCAAAAGCCGUCUGACAAAGACGUUGAGAUGGAAGAUGCCCUACCUGUCGCCCCUGCGCCGGUUGCUUCUCAGUCUGUCGGAUCGAGCCAAGGAAAUCGAGCCAAGGAAACAAAGCGACCCAUGAAGCCGACCAAGGAGUCCCAGACCAAGGCAAGGCAGGCACCAACUGUAAUCAGGGUAAACACUGGCUCUCAGCACUCGCAGUACCACCCUUCGAGCAGACUGUCAACUACCCCCCACGAGACUGUGGGUGCUUCCAGUUCGCAGUCUCAGAGCCAGCUUGGGAGUAGAACGAGCAAGGCCUCGUUGCACGCGAAGCCUUCUUCUCAGAGCCUGCGCGGCACUGCGUCGGUAAGCCGCCCCAAGGUCUUGGACCUGGCAGCCAAGAAGAAGGAGCAGGAUGAACGUGAGGCGCAGCGUCGACGCGAUGCCAAGGCAGAGAUUGAGCGGAAACGCGCAGCCGCGCAAGAGGAGCAGCGGAAGCAGGAGGAGGCGCGGCGCCAAGAGGCCGAGCGGCAGAAGCGUCAAGAGCGAGAGUUUGCCGCAUCUCAGAAUGAUGGCAAGACUCCUGCUCAACGAAAAGCGGCCAUCGAGAAGGCGAAGCAGACACGAGCGCCACCCCCUGCGGUACGAUCUCAGCUGCAUGGGCAGGCCGAUGGCGCGGCGGGCCACGACAAGAGGAUCUCGACAGCUCCUGGCGCAAGGGCCGAGGCGCAGCGACCACAGUCGCGGAUGACGGGCAACCUGCAGCGCUCUCAGGAUGAGUCAAGCCGCCCCGUCAACGCGGUCCUGACCAACGCGGGCAAGACAGCCGUCAAGCGCACCCUGGGCGGCCCAGAGAGGAGCGAUGCAAAGCGACGCCGGACCAGCGAGACGUUUGACGAAGAGGCCGACAAGGAUAGGUCACGCAACAUCAAAGGCCCUCCCGUGCGACCGUCGGCCGGCUUUAAGAAAGACCUGCCCACCAAGUCCAUGUAUGGAUAUACGGCUGCUCCGCCGAGCGCAACCCGCGACCUGUUCAAAGCCACAGUCACAGCGCAGCACAACAGUCACGUCAAGGCAGCCCACCCCCUGGACAUGGCUCAGAUAUCCAAGGGCGCGAUUCCUUUCGCGCCCAACCCCAACCCUGCUGGCGGCGCAUACAAGACACCCGCGCGCCCGGCGGCACCUCAUGGAGCCAAGUCGUCUGCCAAGCCAGCGCGGUCAUCGCCUCGGUUCCAAAACGGUGAAUCCAUCGAGCUCCCUGAGAUCCAGACCGAUGACGAGGAUGAAGACGAGGACGAGUCACACGGCAUGGUGGCGGCGUGGGCCGACUCUCCCGACCUGCGCCGGGCGCUGAUGCAUCAGGAGACGCUGGACCCGUCUCACAUCUUCGGGCCUCCGGCGCCGCUGAACAUGGAAGAGGUCUUCAACAAGAGCAAGGACAGGUGGCACAAGUUCCGUGCACGCACAUCCAGCGCCAACUGGAGCGGCGCCGAUCGCUUGACCGAGGAUGACAUCCGGAAGGACCUGGCUGCGCGCGACAAGUUGCGGCGCGAGGGCGGCUGGUCCUAUGACAUGAGCAAGGGAUUGCUGUGAGGUCUUGGGCACUGGCGAGCGGCACAACAGGCGUUAUUGCGUAAUCGAGGGGGAUGGAAGAGGGCCCGUCUAGGUUUUGGUUUUGGUUCUUAAGGCAUGGCAUGUGUGUUUUUGUGCAUAGGGCUGGUAUGGGACAUGGUUGCCGGCGUUGGCUCGCGAAACAGUACAUUUCCGCACGUGGACGCUUCAAUACGAACAGAUUGGCCAGUCGGCUGGCUCGUGUUUGGGUUUGAUCAGAAAGGAUUACGUGUUGAGGGGGGCAAAGGCCGUUUACGACCAUUCCGUGAGCAUGGUGCGAUGGCCACCGUCGUCAGCACGAGGCUCUUGCGGCUCGGCUCUCGUCCUCGCUGUUUGACUUGAGAGGCUGACCGACGUAUGGAACGGUGCAACCCCCGCGAGCCUCGUCAACACAGAUGCACCUCCGUCUCCUCGUGGCUUGAAAACCAAGCCUCCUUUUCGACCCAGAACCACCCUAGCCGACUGAAGCUGCGGCCAUUACCGCUCUUCGCCAGCAGCAGGCCCUUGUCCCGGACGAGGGGCAGGCAGUAGACGAUGUCGACCCCUUCCCGCUCCUCGCGCACGUCGAAGAGCCCGAUGCCCACGACGCGGCCACACGGAUCGUCAGCCAGCCCC